UAUAUUUAUUCGGAAACAAAGUCAUUGCCAUGAUUAGCCACUUUUCUAAAUAAAUAACGAAAUUCAAAAUAAUAAUAGACAUGCCUUCUCAAACUCAUUAUUUACAGAUUUUUCGCAAUUAUUGAGAACCUAAAUCUAUUGACAUGGAUAAUACUCAUCCAAGCGAGCCUCAUAGCAACGUGCACAAAUUUAGUGGAUAUCAUCCUGACAAAUAUGAUCUUAGUGGAAUUUCUUUAACGGUGCGUACAGACGAAAGUCUAACACCGCAAAGACCGCCAUGUCUAACACAAAGAACCAUUGGAAUGUACCUUCGGCCGCUUACAAGAGAGCUCGAUGAAGUGCCACCGAAGCCUUAUAUUGAUGACUUAUCGAAUAUCGUCAUCAAUAAAAUGCUGCAGAAGGACAAAGCAUUUUGGGUUGACAAGCCUGGAGCGAAUGCUUACACACUUCACGACGCUUAUUACAACUACGAAAUGAUGACUGAAAAGAUAAAACCACACCACCAGGACGUUUUUCCUCGUGCUUACAGUUAUGAUCUCGAUUGCGUAAAGUAUCGACGCCUCCACGCUUGCGAUGGAUUGAAAGGAAGCGGUCAAGAAAAUGCGAAACCGAUCGCUCCGUACUGUAGAGACUGCAAGGGUAGUGAAACAAAAAGACAUCAAUCUAGAAUUGAUAUUGACGAUACAGCUUUAGGUAGAUGGAGACAAUAUCCAAGUCUAAACACCAAGCUGCCUGCCGAACAAAUUCAUAAACUAAUGGAUGAAGUCGGGAGACCGUUCAAACAUGAGGCUUGCAAUUGGUACUACAGAAAGUACCCAACUCGAAAAUUCGAUGGAAUUCUACGGAAAUUUUCGAAAUGAUUCUUUUAUACUUAGCACCAAUCACCCAGAAUUCCUACAAUUUCUGUCGACAAGUCUGUUAUGAACGCAAAAAUAAUAAACUCAUCACAAAAGUGA